AUGUUGGUAUGGUAUAGGCUACCAGAGGUGAGUUUUGGGUUUUGGGGUGCUGUCGGCCUUGGGUAUGGGGGUGGGACUGCUAGAGUAGGGGAUAAGGGUUCGGGGGCACAAACGAAACAAUUGUUGGAGGCACAUGAUUCGGGAAAGAAAAGAAGUGUUGCCAAAACAGGGAGUAGACAACCAACUAUUGGAUCUGGGAGUAGUAGCUCACAACCAACUAUUGGAUCUGGGAGUAGCAGCUCACAACCAACCAAAGGGAAUAUCAAUAUCAGUGGCAGUGGACUUCCACCUCCCAGUGGGUUUGCAAUUGGGCUUAGGGGGUUAACAAUUAUCAAGAAUUUGGAAUGUACUGGUUCGGGAGGUGUCAAAGGCAUUGGGAUGCUUGCAAGGUCGAAGAUGAAGAAGAAUGACAAGAAUCCCAGUGAUGAAAAUGGGAAAGGCAGCUCUAAGGGAGGUGAGUGGAGCAUGUUUUGA